GUUAUCCUAUUGAGCGCCAGGUCGUUGCUGCAGCAGGCGAUAGAAAAAGAACUUUUUCAUUGUUCAUGUUGUUUGAACAGGAAAAGAGAAUACAGUAAAACUUGUAAAUGAUUGCUAUAGCCUUACACCAAAAUGGGUUUCCUUUUCGCGACCAAAGUCACGGAGAAGGAUUUUCUGGAGCACACCGCGCAAAUCAAGGAGGAGCAAGCCAAACGCGACCAGAGUAACGAGCAGAAAUUUCAGGCCUUGCGGGAUCAGAUCGCGGCGUUGGAAAAAAAAUGCGAAAAGCGCGACGACGAAAUAUCCUCGUUUGUGAGGGGGGAAUUCAAGAACGGCAUCGACAAGAAAAUCGACACGGCCCAGCAGCAUUUGGAGCAAGCCAUCCACUUGCUGCAGGAGAAAACCGAGAAUGCAACCGCGGAACUGGAGAGGGUGCUGCGAGAGGUAGAGUUUUGGAAUUAUGUAUGAUCAGAAGAAGAAUCAGAAGUUUUAGUUUUUAUUGUUGUGUCACGACGAUCAUUCAUUGUCAUUCGCAUUCGAAAUAUAGUACUUCACAUCCUUCAUUUGUUCAGGCCAUCUCGACCCUGCAGAAGUCCACAACGAAGCGGCUGGACACGCAUGCCGCUGAUUUGAAGAAGAUGCGCAACGCACUGUCCGGGAAGUUGUUCGACUUAGCCAGUUACAAGGUGGAGCGGGAGCGCGACCGCGUGAACAUCGUCCUGGAGGACGAUUCCACGCUGAAUAACGACGUGGAGGGGGAAUCACAGCCCGUCCUUAUCGAAGGUACGUUAUUGGGUGGAACAAACCUGGUUGCUGGGGCGGACGCUGAUGGUGCACAGCAGGAGUAUAAUUCCUCGAAGGACACGGCGAUACUGGACGACCCCGCUAGUGUUUCAGGAGCGGCUGAGGGACGUGACGGAGCGGGAGCCGGCGCGCAAGGUACUUCUAGCAACGCUGCUGGCGGCGCCGAGGUGGACGACGGCGCACAGCCAGGUGGACGGGAAAUAGGAGCAGCUGUUGAACAAGCAGAUGCACCACACGAGGGUAGUACAACUCAGGAAAAAUCAGCAUCCCUCGAAAUGGCAGCAAUAAACCCCCCUCUCCUCUCCCCGUCCAAUUCGAAGUCCACCGCCUCCCGGACCGUGACCCUCCCCCCAAUGCCGUCCUCACCGUCCACGUCGAUGCGGAAGCUGGAGUCCUACCGGCCGCGGACCAAAAACACGGCGAAACGGGUCAAGAGGGUGGAGUGGAUCGUGCAGGACGUGCAGUACAAACUGCAAGUGUACGAGACCGGACAGCCGCUGUAUUCCCCGGAGUUCACGGUGAACCUGGACCCCUCGAAGAACAAAGUGCUGCACCGCGCCAAACUGAUCUUCUACCCGCGAGGGAGCAGCAUCGUCGCGAAGCCCGGCUUUUGCUCCGUGUUUUUGCAGUUUCCCCUGGACGACCUCAUGGACGAAGUGGUCGCCGUCGAUUCCAAGGGGAACGCGCAAACGAUCUUCCCCUCCGCCUUCAACCCACCAUCGGUGCACGAACACUUUUUGAACAACACCAACGAGCCGGCGGAACUCGCAGCGCGAAUACAGAAAAACGCCAGCCAGCAGCAGCACUUUGCGAAGCGGACGCGCCCGCCCUACUUUGCGGAGCAGUUUCUGGCGUCCGGACCGAAGGGCGCGCGAGGGGCCAGCCCCUUGGACGCGCUUCUGUGGAAAAACGCGACGAGAGGUGGAUCGGUGAGUGGCUCCUCCCCGGAGAAAAACCACAGUACUACCGGCGGGCUUUUGCAGCAAGGCUUCAUUCCCGGUCCGGAUAUGGCGCAGCAGGUGGGCAGGUUUGAAUUACACGGAAGGCGAAACAGCUUCUGGUUUCGGUAUAGGCUGAAGGUGGGCAAUUUCGAAUCGUACGAGGUACUGGACACGAUCUACAAGGGCGUGGAUAACUUCUGCGAGGUAUUAAAUCAUUUUUGACGGUUCUUCCGCUUACCAACCAAGUACUUUCUGUUUCUUUACGUUGUUUUGUUACGAGGAGCACUGGCCUCAUCUUAAGUUUAAGAAGUUGGAGUUGCUUGUAUAUCACAGAUUCCGAUGCACCACUUUCCACUUCGUGCUCGUCACAGGUAGCUUCCUUUUUCCAAAACAACAGGUCGCGCCCGAGAUCGACAGAGAAACGGAUUCCCUUACUAUCAGUGUCGAGUUUGUCCCCGAGCCCGAAGUGUUGGACGAGAUCCGGACUGAGGCCGGGAAAUAUGUCCACAGCGGCCAGGAGUUACUACAUCACGCCGAAAAGGCGUUCUCCUUUCCGGACUCCAAGGAAGCCGUGCCGCCGUGGGAAAGGAGGCUUGGUAGAGUUCUUCGAUUUGUGGAAUUAUAGCGUCGUGCUCGUGCAUGUGCAUCUACAUGUUUGUUCCCGCUCUCGGGGGGCACACUCAUUUACCAACGCCCAACUUCUAUUCAACGUCAAUAUCAAUUUGUAUUGUCAAAAAACACAGGCGCCGCUUCCGGAGUGGACUCCGAGCGCUCGCCGUCAAAAGUCCGCGUCCUCCUGCCGCCGGACGAGGAUGACGAUAAGGUUCCGAACCAGUUUUCCCCCAGCGUGAAGCAGUACUACCCCAAUGGAAGAAACGGCCCAACGUUUGCGGACAAUGUGAACGACCAGGCAAACAUCAUUCGGGACCGCGACUACGCGAAUCAGAUGCUCAGCAGCACCACGGAAUUUGUGGACAAGAAGGCGAACGUGUUUUUUCCGUUCGAGCAGUUAGAGGAGAAGUUGAAGAGUGUUGGGACGCAGGAUGUUGACGGUGGUGCUGAUGAAGAGAAGCUGCAACUCGACGAACCACCAGGUGUAAUCGAUCCUGGCGCGGCCGAAGAGGCUGCGGCAGCAUGAUGACACCGAAUCCGAAUGGCGAGUCUCCGUCUGCAACUACUGCUGUAGAGAACUAAGAACUCAGCGACGAUCGUCGUCGAAAAGUGCUCUAAGAAUGUGCCCUUCUUUCAUCGAAGGUAGCUGCUACAUGAUCUGCAGAACUAUUGUUGAACCUGAAACGCAGCUUCGCUGCCAACACGAGGUCCACCGCCCUGAGUCUGAUGAGC